UGCCGUGAAAUGCCGGAUGUUGAUGACUAAACUCCUAAUGGGAAGUAAAGUGCACCUCACCCAACAAAUUUUAUACUGUUUACUGUUUACUACUGUAAUUCAUUGUUUUUCUUUUCGAAUCGGACUACCCGCAAUAUCUAAUUGUAGUAUUGUCACAAUGAAUAGCUGACUCACAUACUUUUCUGUCAUGGUGUAGGUAGAUGCGCAAUGUUAUUUAAUGGAAACUAUUUUUUAUUAGUAUAGUAGACCAGAACAAAGUCUAAACAUUGUUGUUGAGUUUGUGUUGAUUCGUACAGGAUUUAAUAUAAUAAAAUGUGCAAAAGAUAAUUAAUUUUCAACAAAAAAAUGGAUAAAAAAGAGAAAGAAAAAAAUCGCAAUAGUUUUUUGGAUAAAGUUGGAUUUAAAAAAGGAAGCAAAACAAAACCUAGUAAAAGCACAUCAUCAGCCUCUUCCAAAAACUAUCCUAUUGAAGAACAUGGAUUUAAUGGAGGGGACGCCUUCUCUGAAAGCUUGGACUUUCAGAGCAUGGGAGAAAAGGAAGUGGAUAAGCGCUUCGAACAACUGCUGGAUGACAUGAACCUGACGGAAGAGAAGAAGGCGCCGCUCAGGUCUAAAGAUGUCGUCUUCCGGAGGACAAUGUUACAGAUGCACGACAGGGGCGUGUCCAAGGCCAAAGGUGGAGAGCUGGAUACCCCACAACAUUUUAUAGCUGAACUUUUAAACCCUGACAUCAAAGGUGCUAAACGGACGGCAGUCCUAGAGGCCUUGAGAGUCUCACUGACCAGUAAACCUGUCAGUUGGGUCCAGGAAUUUGGUGAAAGGGGACUUAACUCUAUCUUAAAGAAUUUAACCUACUGCUGUGACAAUAUUUCGGAGCGGAGAAGUACGUAUGAAUGUGUGCGAUGCUUGAAAGCUUUCAUGAACAACAAGUUUGGGCUAAAGAGUAUUUUGGACCAUGAGGAAGCUUUGACCAUACUGUCCCGUACUGUGGACCCAGCAGACCCACCCACAAUGCUUGAAGCUGUUCGUUUGUUGGCUGCCAUGUGUCUUGUGCCUCCUAAUGGCCAUGAGAAAGUUCUAGAAGGGAUGACAGUGUGUGGAGAAAUCCGCAACCAGGAGAGGUUUAACCCUAUCAUCUCUGGGCUGGGUAUGAGGGAUCAGCCUGCCAUGCAGGUGGCCUGUAUACAGCUGGUCAACGCCAUCGUCUUCACCCCAGAUGACCUGGACUUUAGGAUGCAUUUAAGAAAUGAGUUUAUGCGAGCUGGACUCAUUGAUCUACUGACUUGGCUGGAACAACAAGGGGACAUGGAGCUACAGACCCACGUCAAGAUCUUCAAUGAGCACAAGGAAGAGGACCAGGAAGAUUUCUCACAUCGCUAUGACAACAUCAGCAUGGAGAUUGAAGAUCCUAGGGCUUGUUUUAAUCUUAUACUCAGCUCCGUGAGCAACACAGUGGCCGAGCCAUACUUCCUCUCUAUCCUACAGCAUCUUCUGCUCAUCAGAGAUGACUUGUUUGCUAGGCCGCAGUACUACAAACUGAUUGAAGAAUGUAUCACACAAAUCGUCCUCCACCGUAGUGGCUGCGACCCAGACUUUAGAUUAACCCAGAGAUUUGAAAUUGACGUGGAACCUUUGCUAAAUACCUUGUCAGAAAGAUCAAAAUUUGAAGACACUGGUGAAAUGAGUGUAGCAGACAUGACCAUUAAGUUGGACAAUGCCCUGACGGCCAAACAAGAGUCAGAGGCCAAGGCCACCAGUCUAGAGGGCAAAAUACAACAGUAUGAGCUAGAACUAACACAGCUGAAAGAAAAAAUCAGUCAGGGCAUUGGGGCCAACAUCAGUGCUGUUCUAAACAAAAGUCCAGGUGGACCCCCACCCCCACCUGGGGGCCCCCCUCCUCCACCCCCUCCUCCCCCUCCUCCUGGUGGCGGCCCUCCUCCACCCCCUCCACCUCCCCCACCACCUGGAGGGGGCCCACCUCCCCCGCCACCUCCCCCACCAUUUGGAGGACCCCCUCCGCCACCCCCACCCCCUGGGAUGGGUCCACCACCUCCACCAGGUAUGGGCCCCCCUCCUCCGCCUGGUAUGGGUCCCCCACCCCCUCUUGCAUUUUCCCCACCUUCAAACCAGCUGCCUUUUGGAAUGGCACCCAAGAAGAAAUAUCAGGCUACCAACACCAAGAGAUUAAACUGGAAUAAACUGAACCCCAAACAGCUAGAGAAAGAUUCCAUCUGGGUGCAACUAAGAGAAGAGGAAUUUGAGAGCCCAGAUAUUUUUAGCACCCUAGAAGAGAUGUUUUCCACAAAAGCCCCACCUAAAAAAGAAGAGUCACAAGCCACAGAGAAGAAGCCAGCCAAGAAGGGGAAAGAACUCAAGGUUUUAGAUAUGAAAUCUGGCCAGAAUCUAUCUAUAUUGUUGGCCUCUAUAAAGAUCCCCUACACUGAAAUCAAACGGCGAAUAGUGAGCAUUGACGAGGCCAAUCUGACGGCAGCCAUGUUGGAACAGCUGAUCAAAUACAUGCCCGAGCCUGAGGAGAUGAAGAAGUUGUCAGAACUCAAGGAGGACUACAGUGAGUUGGCCGAACCUGAGCAGUUUGCUGUUACGAUGUCAUCCAUCAAACGACUCGUCCCACGUCUCAACGCCUUGUUGUUUAAGAUGAGGUUUUCUGAGAUUGUCUCCGACAUUAAACCUGACCUGGUGUCAGCCACAGAGGCUUGUGAAGAGAUCAAGAACAGCCGCAGGUUUGCCAAACUUCUAGAGCUGCUCCUCUUGAUGGGAAACUUCUUGAAUUCUGGAUCUCGCAAUGCCCAGUCCAUUGGAUUUGACAUCAGUUUCUUAACCAAGUUGGAAGGGACCAAGAGCCAGGAUAACUCCACAACAAUGCUUCAUUUCCUGGCACAAAUCUUGGAAGAAAAACAUCCGGAUAUCCUAGGGUUUAUAGAUGAAACAAUACACAUUGAGAAGGCAGCAAGGGUAUCAGUUGAAACCCUCCAGAAAAACAUCAACGGCAUGGGCAAACAGAUCAAAGAUCUGGAGCUGGACCUGAAGAACAUGGGCAAAACAAAUGAUCCUGAUGACAGGUUUGGGGAAGUCAUGAAAGAGUUCCUGAAAGAGGCCCAGCAGCAACAUGAGCUUCUGAGCACCAUGUUUAAAAAGUUGGAAACUUUGUUUGAGUCCACAGCCAAGUACUUUGCCUUUGAUGCCAAAAAAUACACAAUGGAGGAGUUCUUCAUUGACAUGAAAACAUUCAAGGAGUCUCUACAGAAAGCAAUAAAAGAAAACGCCAAAAUCCGAGAGACCCAGGAGAAAAUUCGGAGAGCCAAAGAAGCCAAGGAGAAGACAGAGAGGGAGAAGAAGGAGAAGAAAUUGCGACAGGCAGCUAUACUAGACAUGACUACAGAUGACAACCAAGAAGGUGUAAUGGACAACUUGUUAGAGGCCUUGAAGACUGGCCAGGCUUUUAAUGUCAAGAGAGAAGGAAAGAGACGCACCCCAAGGGCAGCAGGAGCCCCAGGAAGUGCUGCUGAACGGAGGGCUCAGCUAGCCAGGACCAGGUCCAGACAAAAUAUUUACGACGGGUCAGUGGUGCGAGAGAUUGACUUUGAUGACUCCAAGCUCAACUCAACACAGGAGAAGAACAGGAACAGGAAACAGUCCUCCCAAGAUGAAGAGUCAGCAGCAGAACAGUUACUGGAGAGGUUAAAAGCUUUGUGAUUGGAUAAUCAGCUGGGAUUCCAGCCAAUCACAGCAGUGUUUAGUUAGAUGACUGUAUGUAAGUGAGUGUAAAAACUGAUGAAGCAGUGUUGGCAUGUACUGUGGAGUGUAAAGAUGUUUUAUGGUGUAUCAACUCAACACAGGCUCUCUUAUGUCCCAUCCCCCACUGUAUGUGUCAAGUAGAGCAGGACUCAAAUAUUUAUUCCUACACAAUUCUUAGCUUGUUGCGCCGGAACUCAGUCAAUAGUGCCAUCUUUCUAUUUAUAGAUAGUUGCUGUCUGAGUUACAUGUUUCGUACAAAAAUGCUUUUUACAUAUAUCUCGUUGGCCUAAUAUGGUUUAUAAAGCUUCAUAUAUUAUAACAUUUAAGAAAAUUUUAUAUAAAUGAAUACUCAAA